AUGAACUCUAUCUCCUAUGCUGAAGGCACCUAUGAGACAGAUAUACCAUUUACCAACCUUCCUCAUCCAGAGGUGAGAAGUGGGUUUGACACAUCCUUUACAGUUGCUGCUGAUUAUAUAAUCUUCACAGAUGGAUCAAAGAAUGCAGAGGGCACGGGCUCGGCCUUCGUCGUUUUUGCCAAUGAGGAGGAAAUAUAUCAAAAUUCUGACACUCUUCAUCCUAACUGCUCUAUAUUCCAGGCAGAACUCUGUGCCAUUUACAUGGCUGUUCAAUGGUGUGAAGCCAAUCUUACUGGAAGUAGAGUUACAAUUUGCUCUGAUAGUGCUUCAGCAAUCAACGCACUUAGGAAUCUCAACAACCUACACCCUCUGGUUAGGAAGAUUCUAAACUAUAUACCUUGUGCUCAGAACUCCUAUUCCCUCGAAUGGGUGAGAGGUCAUCAGGGUGUCCUAGGUAAUGAACGUGCAGAUCUACUUGCCAGGGAGGCUGCAACGAUCGGUACCUCUGGCCCUUUCAAUUAUUCAGUGCUACCUGCUUCUUUUCUUAAGCUCCAGCAUUGGAACUACAGCUUGGAUCUCUGGCAGCAGAGAUGGGAUAGUUACAAUGGCCUUGCCAGGAACUUUUUUCCAUCUAUUCAUGACCACCUUUCUAACCACUGGGUUAGUCCGGACUAUGAAACCACGCAAUUCUUCACUGGGCAUGGGAGAUUCCGGGCCUACUUACAGAGGUUCGGCAAAUCUACAACGGACAUCUGUACCAUCUGUAAUUGCCGUGAUGGGGUUGAGCACUAUGUAUACAUGUGUCCAAUGACCGAGGAUGCUAGGCAUGAGCUUGCCCUUGCUCUUAGCCACAGGGGAAUUAACUGGCCAUGUGAACUUCAUGUCCUUCUUAAGGAUAGUGACACCUACAAAGCAUUCAAAAAAUUGAUUCAUAUGUAUCACAUACGCUCUGUCAUUCACUAA